CUAAAACUCCCAAAAGUAGUGAACACACCAAAACCCUAGAAGUUUAAAGAUAAUUGUCAGCCAUGGUUGCAAGAAGUGAGAGUCUUGACCGGAAGGUGGAAGACACGCCAGCGAAUUGUCUGAUGCUGCUGUCGAGAGUCGGGGAAUGCGACGGAGGAGACGCCGCAGAGACUCGCGUUUUCAGAUGCAAGACUUGUAUGAAAGAGUUCUCGUCGUUCCAAGCUCUGAGAGGUCAUCGCGUAAGCCACAAGAAGCCGGUUAACAGCAGCGGCGGCGAGGAACAGACGGGAAUCGUCGCCAAGAAGAAGACAGAGAAGACGGGGUGGCAUCAUCGCUGUUCGAUAUGUGGCCUGGAGUUUCCGAUGGGACAGGCUCUCGGGGGUCACAUGAGGAAGCACUGGAACAAGGAAGACUCUGGCGGCGCGUUGGUUACACGCUCUCUUUUCCCGGAGGCGGCGAUGACUAGGACUCUGAAGGAAACGAGUGAAGGGAAGGAGGGAGUUGCGUAUUUGGAAUCGGGAUCAGAUUGGGUAGAUGGUAUCAAUUUGAAGUUAGAGUUGGGAAGAACCAUGUACUGAUUCUUUUUUAUUCAUCUUUUCGCAUUGAUUUUUGCAUAGAGUUUUCUAUAUGGGGGUUAUACCCUUUCAGCUGAUGAACGUGAAUGUAUGUUGAUUUUAUUAUCCAAGAUUGUUUUUUUCCUG